UUCACAACAAAACAAAACCUCAAUUCAACGCCUUCUUCUCCCCCUUUGCUUUUCAUUUCUUUUUCUUCUCUGCCAAACACUUCAAUCCCCUGCAAACAAACACCCGUACUAUUAUUUUCUUCCCUCUUGUUUGUUUUCUUUUUCAUUAAAUCUCUCUCUCUCUCUCUCUCUCUCUCUCUCACUCUCUCACUCUCGAUGAAAUCUCGUAAUUUUCUCGCGGUUUCUCUUUGUUUCCUUGUCAUUUUCCCUCGUUUUUCCUAUUCUUCCGUUCAAAUCCAUGGAUGGAUCGGUGAAAACAGAAUAUUGAAAAAAGGAGUAUUUUCUAAUGCCUUUGAUCCCACUCGAGUCACUCAACUCUCUUGGCAUCCCAGGGCUUUCAUUUACAAGGGGUUUUUAUCAAAUGAGGAGUGUGAUCAUCUUAUUAAUUUGGCUAGGGAUAAGCUUGAGAAAUCAAUGGUGGCUGAUAAUGAUUCCGGGAAGAGUAUAGAGAGUGAAGUGAGAACAAGCUCUGGCAUGUUUCUUGGCAAAGCUCAGGAUAAAAUUGUUGCUGAUAUUGAGGCCAGGAUUGCUGCAUGGACUUUCCUUCCAGAAGAAAAUGGAGAGUCCAUCCAAAUACUGCAUUAUGAGAAUGGUCAGAAGUAUGAACCUCAUUUCGAUUAUUUUCAUGACAAGGCUAAUCAGGAGCUGGGUGGUCACCGGAUUGCAACUGUACUGAUGUAUUUGUCCAAUGUUGAGAGAGGUGGGGAAACAGUGUUCCCAAAUUCACAGGAAAAAAUGUCUCAGCCAAAGGAUGAUAGCAUGUCUGACUGUGCUAAGAAUGGCUAUGCAGUGAAACCCAAUAAGGGUGAUGCUUUACUGUUCUUCAGUCUUCAUCCUGAUGCAACUACUGAUCCAAACAGCUUGCAUGGGAGCUGCCCGGUUAUUGAGGGUGAGAAGUGGUCUGCAACCAAAUGGAUCCAUGUCAGGUCCUUCGAGAAAUCUCUGAAGCAAUCAAGAAAUGGGGAUUGCGUUGAUGAAAAUGAGAACUGCCCUCUGUGGGCAAAGGCGGGUGAGUGUAAGAAGAACCCUAUCUAUAUGGUAGGUUCUAACAAUGCUGAUGGCUAUUGUAGGAAAAGCUGCAACGCAUGUACCUCCUAGGAUGUUCUCUUCCCAAUUUUCGCUUAUGAGUUCUUUACAGAAAGUGGCGAUUCAUACGUUAAAACUGUAGAUACAACAGGUUGUGCUGCUGUAGCACAAUUGGUUGACAUCUUUAUGAAAACUUUGUUAGCAAUCAGGGUAAUAUCAAAGUUUAGUGUCCAAAUUUAAGUUA